AGAUUGCAGCCAGAAAUAGCACACCACCACCGAGAGCUGUAUGCGAGCAACCCAGAAACUCAGAUUAAAUUGUGUCCACUUUUCUGGAUCAGUUGCUCAGAAAGAAAGAGAUGACAUCUGGUCCUGUCUUCUUGUACCUCUUGAUUUUUGGAAAAUAUUUUUUUCAUGGGAGUGGACAGGGCUUCCAGUGCUCCCUGGGCUAUUUUGCCUGUGGGAACGUCACCAAGUGCCUGCCUCAGCAUCUGCAUUGCAACGGCGUGGACGACUGUGGCAACUGGGCUGAUGAGGACAACUGUGGAGAUGACAAUGGAUGGCCUUUGCUAUUUGGGAAACGCUAUGGCAUUUACAACAGAACAGCUUUUCCACGUCUCUUUCACUUAGAAACACCAAAAUGCCUGGUCGGUUCUGUGCCCACGCAAUGUGUGUGCCAAGGUUUAGAGCUUGACUGUGAUGAGACCAAAAUACGAGCUAUUCCAUCAGUGUCUUCAAAUGUGACUUCAAUGUCACUUCAGAAGAACUUAAUAAGAAAACUUCCUCCUUAUGGCUUCAAGAAGUACCAUGAUCUUUGGAGAUUGUGCCUGCAAAACAAUAAGAUUAGAUCCAUAUCCACCUAUGCUUUCAGAGGACUGCACAAUCUUACUAAACUGUUUCUUAGUCAUAACAGAAUAACCUUCUUGAAGCCAGGUGUUUUUGAAGAUCUCCACAAACUAGAAUGGCUGAUAAUUGAAGAUAAUCGGCUCAGUCGAGUUUCCCCACUAACAUUUUCUGGACUAAAUUCUCUUAUGCUCUUGGAACUGAUGAAUAAUGUCCUCACCCAUUUGCCUGAUAAACCUCUUUGUCAGCACAUGCAAAGACUGAAUUGGCUGGACUUGGAAGGCAACCAUAUCCACAAUUUAAGAAAUAUGACUUUUAUGUCCUGCAGUAGUUUAACUGUUUUGAUAAUGAGAAAAAACAAAAUUAAUCACCUUAAUGAAAACACUUUUGCACCCCUCCACAAACUAAAUGAAUUGGAUUUAGGAAAUAAUAAGAUUGAAAGUUUUUCACCACAUGUAUUUAAGAAUCUGAAGGAGCUCUCGAAAUUGAAUAUUUCCUAUAACCCAAUCCAGAAACUUCAAGCAAACCAAUUUGAUUCUCUUGUCAGUCUCAAGUCUCUCAGCCUAGAAGGACUUGAAAUUUCAAAUAUCCAACAAAGGAUGUUCAGACCUCUUAUGAAUCUCUCUUACAUAUAUUUUAAGAAAUUCCAGUACUGUGGAUAUGCACCACAUGUUCGCAGCUGUAAACCAAACACUGAUGGAAUCUCAUCUCUAGAGAAUCUCUUGGCAAGCAUCAUUCAGAGAGUGUUCGUCUGGGUCGUGUCUGUGGUUACAUGCUUGGGAAACAUCGUUGUCAUUUGUAUGCGACCUUGUAUCAGGUCUGAGAACAAGCUGCAUGCCAUGUCAGUCAUAUCUCUCUGCUGUGCCGACUGCCUAAUGGGAAUAUAUUUACUUGUGAUUGGAGCCUUUGACCUGAAGUUUCGUGGAGAAUACAACAAGCACGCACAACGGUGGAUGGAGAGUUUUCAUUGUCGUUUCAUGGGAUCUUUGGCCAUUCUGUCUACAGAAGUAUCAGUAUUACUUUUAACAUUUCUAACAUUGGAAAAAUAUAUAUAUAUUGUGUAUCCUUUUAGAUAUUUAAGACCUAGAAAAUGCAGAACAAUUACAGUGCUGAUUCUCAUUUGGAUUAUUGGGAUUCUAGUGGCUUUUGUUCCACUGAGCAAUAAGGAAUUUUUCAAAAACUACUAUGGCACCAAUGGAGUAUGUUUCCCUCUUCAUUCAGAAGAUACAGAAACUAUUGGAGCCCAGAUUUAUUCAGUGGCAAUUUUUCUUGGUAUUAACUUGGUGGCGUUUAUCAUCAUAGUUUUUUCCUAUGGAAGCAUGUUUUACAGCGUUCAUCAAAGCACCAUAACGGCAACUGAAAUAGGGAAUCAAGUUAAACAAGAGAUGAUCCUUGCCAAACGGUUUUUCUUUAUUGUGUUUACUGAUGCAUUAUGCUGGAUCCCCAUUUUUGUACUGAAAUUCCUUUCAUUUCUUCAGGUAGAAAUACCAGGUACUAUAACCUCUUGGGUAGUGAUUUUUAUUUUGCCUAUCAACAGUGCUUUGAACCCAAUUCUCUACACUCUGACCACAAGACCAUUCAAAGAAAUGAUCCACCAGUUUUGGAAUAACUACAGACAAAGAAGAUCAAAAAGAAGGCAGAAAACAUAUGCUCCAUCAUUCAUCUGGGUAGAAAUGUGGCCACUGCAGGAGAUGCCACCUAAGUUAAUGAAGCCAGCUCUUUUCAGAGACUCCUAUGAAUUGUCACUAAUUUCUCAAUCAACCAGACUCAAUUCCUGUUCAUAGCUGAUUCUGAACUCCACUGGGGUACUUCAAAAUGGAUUAGCCUAAAAUGAAUGCCACAAGAUUAAUACUUUCUAUUAAUGGCU